AUGGCACAUAUUUCUUCAGAAAUUCAAGAUGUUCCUCCAAAAGAUGAAUCAACUGGUUCAGAAACCUCCAUUAGAUCUUCUUUGUAUGAUUGUACACUUACUGGGGACAAGGUUUUGAGAUCUAUGGUUGAAGAAUAUGCUUUUCAGGCUUUGUAUGAGGAAGUUGUGAUAAAAAGGCCACGUUACACAUUUUCUGUCUCUGAAACAGAUGAGGUGAAUGCACCUCUUCCACCUGGAUUUCCUCAAAAAUUGUGGGCAAUAGUUGAAAGUGAUCAGUUUGAAUCUAUUUGGUGGGAUGAGAGUGGCACUUGUAUAGUGAUCAAUGAAGAACUCUUCAAGAAAGAAGUCUUGGAGAGAAAGGCACCUUUCAGAGUACUUGAAACCAAUAGUAUGAAAAGCUUAGUUCGGCAGCUUAACCUAUAUGGAUUUAGUAAGAAGCGACCAACUUUUCAAAGAUCUGCUUCACUACCUGACUUUCUGGAAGAAGAAAACAACAUCUCUCUUUUGAGCAAGCUACAUAUCUACUAUAAUCCAAAUUUCAAAAGAGGCUAUCCCCAACUGUUAGUAAGAAUGAAAAGGAGAGUUGGGAUUAACAAUGUGUCUCCAAUAUCUUCAUUAGUUCGAGAUUACAAGACGAAGCAUGUUAAAGCCAGGGUCAACACAGAUGAUCAUAACUCUGAUUUUCUUCCUGAAACUAGUGGAGAGAGUGCAUUUUCAGCCUCCACAAGCUUAAGUGUGCCUUUCAUACAAAAGCCUUAUACCAGCCAGAGAGUCGCUAAUACAAGUGCCCUACCUCCGUGUGACUUACCUUCCCCAUCAUCAAUAUCAGUUAGACAAACAGAACAGAUUGUGGUAGACCAACCUGCUGUUUUAAAUCAGGUGAGCAUUUUUAAUUGGCACUCGUAUAGCAGCUACACUCAAGUAAAUGGCCACCUUGAGGACAUUGCUACUACAACUACGCCUACUUCUCAGAACCCCAUCGUUUCUCCAUCACAGAGCAGUUAUUCUGGACUGAUGGUGGAGCCUUCUAAAUUUCCAGUUACCUAUAGUGAUAUGUCAGCCCAUGACAGUCCUUAUCCUAAACAGCAACAGAGAGGCAACUCAUGGUCCUCAAUGCCAACGACCACUUAUACAUCUGCCUCCUCUCUUUCAAGUCAACUUAUCAAGAGUCAUCAUUAUAUGAAAACCAUGCUAAUUAAAACUGACCUAUCAAAUAAGUGUCAGAUUAUGGAGCCUAAUGAAGAUUAA